AUGGACCCCCUCGCCAUUGCGAUGGUGUGCGAUUUUUUCCAUCCCAAUGUCGGUGGUGUAGAGAGUCAUAUAUACAUGCUGAGCACGAAUCUGAUUCGUCGAGGGCACAAGGUAGUCGUCAUAACUCAUAGCCACUCACCGGAUCGUGUUGGUAUCCGGUGGAUUCUGCCCGCGCUGAAAGUAUAUUACUUGCCCUUCUCAACCAUCGCAUCUUCGGCCACACUCCCGAAUUUCUUCACCUUUCUUCCGUAUUUGCGGACCAUCGUCAUUAGAGAAGGCAUCGGACUCAUUCACGCUCAUGCGAGUUUGUCUUCACUGGCCCAUGAAGGCAUCCUACAUGCACAUCUUAUGGGCGUGCGCACCGUCUUCACUGAUCACAGUCUAUUUGGAUUUGACGAUGCUGCGAGCAUCCUCACCAAUAAACUACUGGAAGCUGCGUUAAGGAAUGUAGACGCAGUAAUCUGUGUGUCUCACACAGGUCGAGAAAAUACUGUUCUGCGUGCCAAGUUGGCACCUCACACUGCGUAUGUUAUCCCAAAUGCACUUGUUGCGGAUCAAUUCAGGCCUGCCGCAAGCAUGCAGCCUAGUGAUACAGUGAAUGUAGUGGUUGUCUCAAGGCUUGCCUAUCGUAAAGGUAUUGAUCUUCUUGUGGCGACUGCACCCAGAAUUUGUACAUUAUUCCCCAACGUAAGAUUUAUUAUUGGCGGGGAUGGUCCCAAGUUGGUCGAUUUGCUGCAAAUGAGAGAGAAACAUACGUUGCAGGAUCGGAUCGAGAUGCUUGGGCCUGUUCGUCAUAACGAUGUCCGGGAUAUUCUUGUGCGAGGAUCCAUAUUCAUGAACACCUCCCUGACCGAGUCAUUCGGAAUUGCCAUACUGGAGGCAGCUUGUGCUGGUCUAUACGUUGUGUCUACCCGAGUAGGAGGUGUCCCAGAAAUUCUGCCCGAGGAUAUGAUCUCAUUCGCACACCCUGAUGAGGACGAUGUCGUCCGCGCUAUGUCAGAGGCCAUUCAAUUGGUAAUGUCCGGGAAACACGACCCACAUCGCGCACACGAGCGGAUCAGAGGCUUUUACGGCUGGGAAGAAGUCGCAGAACGUACAGAGAAAGUGUAUGAGUCAGUUUUAGAAGUGAAACCUUAUGAUUUCUGGACCAGAAUAGAACGGACUCUUGAGCUAGGACGAUUUGUUGGACUUAUCUUCGCAACCAUCAUGAUCGUUGAUUGUCUUUUCUAUUUGUUCCUGGAGAGGUGGAUUCCAAGACAGGACAUCGACAAGGUACAAAUGGGCUGGGACCAAGACCGGUUCACCAAGCUUGCUAGCAAGAAGCCAAGGCGAAAUUCUACCAGCAGCAAUGCUACUCCAGGGGUCACGAAUAAUGCACUUGAUUCUACCUGA